UUUUGCAUGGCAGUGAGGUUAUUUUCACAUGAAUUAUCUGACUUGUGUCUUGGCAAGCCGGCGCUGAGGUCACUUUCGAUAACGUCCACCGUCGCCGACGCUCUUGAGGUGUUGAAAACUUCCGGUGAUAACUCUGUUAGCGUCUGGAGUUGCGAUCGUGAGGUUGCUGGUGAUUACGGGGAUGAUUGUAGAUGUGUAGGCAGAGUUUGUAUGGUGGACUUGAUUUGUUAUCUUUGUAAAGAUGAAAAGUUGGCGUCGCCUUCGCUUGCUUUGAAGGAGCCUGUUUCUGUGCUUUUGCCGAAGAUCCAUGGCCUUGUUUUGCAUGUGGAACCCUCUUGCAGCUUGUUGCACGCAAUUGAUCUUAUAGUUGGAGGAGCUCAAAACCUUGUUGUUCCAAUCAAAACGGAGCUUGGGAACAAGAGAAAACAGCACCAGAAGCAAUCACCGACGGUAACUAUUCACAAAGGCCGUGAAUUUUGUUGGCUAACACAAGAAGACAUAAUCAGAUUCCUACUCAGUUUCAUUGGCCUCUUUUCGCCGAUCCCCGCCUUCUCCAUCGGCACACUCGGCAUCAUCAGCUCCGAAAUCCUCACCAUCGAGUACCACUCCCCUGCCUCUGCGGCCAUAGGAGCCAUUUCUCGAGCUCUAAUGGACCAAACUUCAGUGGCCGUCGUUGACAGCGAGGGAACUUUGGUCGGAGAAAUCUCUCCAUUCACCUUGGCCUGCUGCGACGAGACGGUCGCAGCAGCCAUCAAGACGUUGUCCUCCGGGGAUCUAAUGGCCUACAUCGACUGUGGAGGUCCACCAAAGGACCUAGUCCGGGUCGUUUCCGCACGGUUGAAGGAGAGAAACUUGAAUGGAAUGCUCGAACAUUUGACUACGUCACUGUCAUGUGGUGGAUUCUCAUCGUCAUCAUCUUCGUGGUCCGAUGAGGAAUCCACAGGGGUUCAAGUGUCGCCAUUGCCGAGGUCCCUGAGACAUAGUAGGUCGAUGAGUUAUUCGGCCAGGAUGGUGAGGGGAGCCGAGGCGAUCGUUUGUCAUCCCAAGAGUUCAUUAGUUGCAGUGAUGAUCCAAGCCAUUUCUCAUAGAGUUAACUACGUUUGGGUUAUAGAAGAUGAUUGUAGCUUGGUCGGAAUCGUCACAUUUUCCGACAUGUUAAAGGUUUUCAGGGAACAUAUGGAACCUAUUGCUUAGA